CAGGAAUCUGCAGGAACUCAGAAGAGGUUUUACUCUCUAGCAGUUAGUAAUCAUGUCUGACAGAGGUGCAUUUGAUACCAAUGUGGUGACCCUCACCAGGUUUGUCUUGGAAGAGGGCAGAAAAGCCAAAGGAACAGGAGAGCUUACAACCCUUCUCAACUCCAUGUGCACAGCCAUCAAAGCCAUUUCCACUGCUGUCAGAAAAGCAGGCAUUGCCAAUCUCUAUGGAAUUGCUGGAAGCACAAAUGUUACAGGAGACCAGGUGAAAAAGCUAGAUGUCCUGUCCAAUGAUCUAGUUAUAAACAUGAUUAAAUCCUCCUUCACAUCCUGUGUUUUGGUGUCUGAAGAAGAUGAAAAAGCCGUCAUUAUAGAACCAGAGAAAAGGGGCAAAUACGUGGUUUGUUUUGACCCUCUGGAUGGCUCUUCAAACAUUGACUGCUUAGCGUCUAUUGGAACUAUUUUUGCAAUCUACAGAAAGGAAACUGACGAUGAGCCCUCAGAGAAGGAUGCCUUGCGGAGCGGCAGACACAUUGUGGCUGCAGGUUAUGCUCUCUAUGGCAGUGCUACCAUGCUGGUUCUCUCCACAGGACAGGGAGUCAACUGCUUCAUGCUAGACCCUGCCAUCGGUGAGUUCAUACUUGUGGACCGGGAUGUGAGGAUUAAGAAGAAAGGAAAGAUCUACAGUCUUAAUGAAGGCUACGCUCAGCAAUUUUACCCAGAUGUCACAGAAUAUCUGCAAAAGAAGAAAUUCCCAGAAGAUGGCAGUUCACCUUAUGGAGGGCGCUAUGUGGGGUCUAUGGUAGCUGAUGUGCACAGGACCCUAGUCUAUGGAGGAAUUUUCCUGUACCCUGCUAAUGUCAAGAGUCCCAAGGGCAAGCUGAGGCUGUUGUAUGAGUGCAACCCCAUGGCCUUCAUUAUGGAGCAGGCUGGAGGUAUGGCAACAACUGGAGCCAUGAACGUUCUGGACAUUCAGCCUGAAUCAAUCCACCAGAGGGUUCCUGUAGUUCUGGGCUCCCCUGAUGAUGUAAAGGAGUAUAUCUCUAUCUACAAAAAACAUGCCAAAUGAGAUGCAACCUGAUGAUAUCUGAAAUCUGAAAUCCACUACAACCACCACCAUCAUCAUUAUCAUCAUCCCUCUGAACCUCAAAACAAAUAUAUGGAACUCAUGGACAUGACAUGAAGCACCCAUAAUCUGUAAAUACAAGGAACAAGAAGUAUAAUUUUUACAAUUUUGUUCUUUGUAAAGUUUUGUACUUUUAUGUCCCAGUUGGGUUUUGUAAACUAAAAAAAAUAAAUAUGUGUUGUGUAUUUUACAGUGACUGAUAUUAAACCCUUCUGUUUACAUAAAAAA